AUGCAGGGACAGCAAGCGUUUGGAUAUGAGGGUUUUAAUAAUCUCAGACAGGGAUGCGCGUAUGAAAGAGCAGUGCAAAGACUACAAGAACUGGAUGUAGAAAAACGUGAACCCAUUUUACUACGGUGUUCUUCAUUGCAACGCGCAGAAGUAAUUCAAGUAAAUGCACUGCGGCGAUCCUCUGAGAUCUACGAAGUUUUACUCGAUUUUCACAGUCCAGUGUCGCAGUCACUACUAAGCCUUGUACCAUCCUUGGAAACUGAUGAAAACCCGGUUCUUUAUACUUUUGCUGCAUUGAGCGGUCGUUCAACUCAUGUACAGCUUCGGUCCUCCCCGACAUAUACUGCUGAUUGGCAUGUGAUUUCUUCUAGUAAUGAAGUUAAGAUAAAGCGCCGCGCAGUAUCCCAGCUGUCUUACCAGUUGAUCCUACAACCAAUGAAAAUGCAAACGGCCGAACGUUGGCACAUGAACUGGGAUUAUGUGACAUAUCGAGUUUCUCAUGGUGCACACUUUGCCAUCACUCAGUACUUCAAUGACGUCAUCCCGCGUCACCUGGUUAUUCAGAUAUGUGCAAAAAAGAUAUAUCCACGUCGAUUUAUACGGUUCAUCGUUGCCCCUGUACAGGUAUAGAU